GAUAACUAUAAUAAAUAAUAGCAAAAAAAAAAUAAAGCAAAAGAAGAAAGGGCGCAAGUUAGGAUUUAAUGAAAUGGCUUAGACGUCUGCUGGUGAGACGAAAGCGGACUCCGAUGCCGCCGAAGCCGUAUGUUGAUACCUCCUCUGCGGGAAGGCAUAUGGUUGACAGACGACUCUAUGAUUCUGGCGAUCUAAAGCACAUCGAUCCGGAAAAGCCGCACUGGCAGGAGCCCUGCUAUGAAUCACGCGAGCGGGUCCCGUUUUUUGACUUCUUCGGGUUUAAUCGUGAUUGGAGCUGGAGUCUCUUUAAGCUGGCGACGCUGCUUUUUAUUGGCGUGAUGUAUUGUGAGAUACGGACUUGGGUUUAUGCAAAGGAUGAUGCCUUCAAGUUGUACAGCACGCCGAUGAUCUCGCCAGUCCCCGCUUAUGCUCGAGAUGAUAAGGCUACGGAGGAGGAACUGAAAAGGGCCGGCUACAGUUACAUCGGGGUGAGGAACUUGGAUAACCUGGGCUUGACCGAUUCGUUGAAGUCGCCGUCGAAACCCUCUUUUUGACGGAAAGGACGGCAACGGUGGUGGGAUGGAAAGCGCUUUGGCGUAUGUUUUGUGGGAGAUCCCACAUUCUCCUUAUUUUUUUACUCACGUUUCAUGUUUUCUGAGUGAUGGAGCAGAUUAACGUCUUUUAUCGUUUAUAUAUUUACUUUUAAUAGAAGCUAGACAUGAUUGCUGGGUUUUAUUAUUAGCAAAGGUAUCUAUGAGGCGUUUACUUUCUCAUGCUAUUUUCUGCUUUGAGGUUUAUUAUGACGAUGUUUACUCCUGCAAACGCACGUCCACA